AUAGAUAGUUCUCCUGUUCACCCUCAUAGAUUUGCGGUUAUGGAGUUAUGAGAAAAUGAGAAAGCUAUCUUCUUCGCGAAAUUACCUGAAAAAACACAUCAUCGGCUGAACUUCACCCAAAGCAGAGGUAAAAGCAGCGGCGCAGUACUAAAUUUUCACAAAUAUUUUAAUCUAUAAAAACUCAUCAAUUGAAAAGAAAGUGCUCCAGUAACCCAAAAAAAGUAUAUUGCAUCAAAAUGAGUCUCGUCUGGACUUUGAUUGCCUCCUUUUUGUACGCGGAAAUUGCCGUAGUACUCUUGUUGGUUCUACCCAUAGCAAGCCCGUACAAAUGGAAUCGUCUUUUCAAAUCCAAAUUCUUGGCGAUGUUGGCCCAACAGGCACACCUAUAUUUCUUUCUUAUAAUGGGUGUGCUGAUAUUAUUCCUCUUGGAUGCCAUACGUGAAAUGAGGAAAUACUCGACACAUGAAGCUGGCGGUCAUGAACACUUGAACGUUGAAAUGCAACACAGCAUGCGACUGUUCCGGGCUCAACGCAAUUUCUACAUAUCUGGAUUCGCCAUAUUUCUUGUAUUGGUCAUAAGGCGUUUGGUUACAUUGAUUUCGGCACAGGCAAAUCUUUUGGCACAGAGUGAAGCUUCAAUGAAACAAGCACAAAGCGCCACAGCAGCAGCGCGCACCUUGAUGGCUGAAAAGAGUACUGAGAAAGGAAAGGAAGCCACUGAGGACAAGACAUUGAAUGAGCUCAAUGAACUGCGUAAGAAAGUGCAAGAGCUUACAUCUGACCUGAACCGCGAAAAGAAAGAUAAGGAAGCAUUGAAAUCUCAAGCUGAAAGUUUGAACAAAGAAUACGACAGACUGACUGAAGAGUAUAGCAAGUUGCAAAAGAAGAUCAUUAUCAGCGACCAUAGUGGAAAGGGUGGCGAAAAAGACGAUUAAUAACACACCCUGUUUAAUAUAAUAUUAAUUCCUUUCUUAGAAAGAUGAAUAAUAUGCACUUUAACCCUUUUCUAAAAUUAACCUGCUACUCAAUAUGGCGGUAACUAAUAAACAGCUUAUCGUCUGAUAUAAAAUUGGAGACUUAUUAUAUGAAUCGUUAUGGAAAGAUUAAAUUGCGAUGGAGCGUUGAGCGAAUUAGAUUUAUGAUACAAAGUUUUAAACUUAUACAUAACAUAUUAUACUUCUAUGUUCUUAAAAAAAUAAUUUU